AUGGACAAUGGCCCGGGGCUCAGUGCACGGCCCUGGCCCUGCCCCUUCACUUCCGGUGCUCAGUUCAAACUGGACAAUGCCAGCUCCGGCAUGAGCGCCUGCUCUGUCCAGGGUCCUGAGGGCGCCUGUGGCUCUGUCCCUGGUGCUGAAAAGGCCCGCAACUCCUGCUUCCGGGUUCUCUGCCUUGAGACCUUCCUGCGUCCUGGCCUCCAAAGUAGCGGGAACAUGAAGAGAAAACCAGCUGCCCAGUUGGGUUGUUGCUACAAGACAAAGGCCCUAGGUGGUUCAGGAGGCUACUUGUCCCCCAGCCUGGACUUCCAACUCUGUCAAGAUGACCAGGUCUUCUCAGCCGAUACCUCUCAGUCACUUCCAGACACAAGGGAUGCUUGUGACCUGUCCCCGACCGGCUGGAUGUGUCCCUUGCCAGUGGCACCAGCUAAGUCUUCCUUGCUGGGCUGCCCCCAUUGGCCGGACCUAUGCCUGUGUGCCUUGCAGAAGACACCCCUGGCCGGGGGCCCACAGGAUCUCAGAGAGGACGCCUCAGACAUGAGGCACCAGCCGCCAAGAGUGCACGAGGGCUCUGCUGACAGUGAGAAACUCGCAGCCGGGGACUCCCCGGAUAGAGACCAGAUGGGAAACCAGCCAGAAAGAGGCCCCUGCCCAUUCCUCCCUCCUCAGACCAGCUUCUCCCCAGAUGCCAGGCCUAGUCCCUGGACCUCCUGGCCCUGGCUUUCUCCCACUCUCCUCUCCAAGGAGCUCCCUGCCUACAUCUACCCCGUCUUUCCGGGGUACCCGCUUCUGCCUCCCCCUUAUCUAUUGACUUAUGGGCCCCUACCUUCUGCCCAAUGUUUGCACCUCCUCACGCUACCCCCAGACACCGUGUACCCCACUGUGGCUGCGCCCAGCUUGCUCAUGACAGCCGACGGGGCUGGGCCCCGGAUCGCUCAAGAGAAGACCCCGCUUCUCUACUCACAGUGCCAGAGCGCCAGCCACACCCUCUGCUCGCAGGUCAGGAGCUGGAGCGCUAAAGACGCCUUGACCCCGGGACAAGCUGGUGUGGCAGCUCUGGCAAAGCGGGCUGCGCCAGGCUCCCGGGCGGGUGCCGGCGCCCUGCCCUACCCUCUAAAGAAAGAGAAUGGAAAAAUCUUAUACGAGUGCAACUUGUGUGGCAAGAGCUUCGGGCAGCUCUCCAACCUCAAGGUAUCGGUUCCCUGGGUCCUGCCGUCCCCUUCGAUCCUCCAGUGUCUCUCUUGCCUUUCACCUCGCUUCCAGAAUCGAGUCCUGGAGUCUGGAAACCACUCCUGGACACCUCCCGGGGAUGUGUGA